UCGCCAGAGCCGCGGAAACCACGACAAUGGCCAUGGACUGCGUGGACGGCAAUUAUCUCGGCGAGUAUUCGCGAUUCUUCGCCGACUUCGUCGCCCGGGUUAAUCCGGACGAUCAGCUGCCGGUGAAGGUGAGCGCGUACGACAUCGAGGAGACCGAGCUGGUCGGUGAGAUCAUCCGCCUGACGCUGCAGUACCUCAAUCAGACAUACUGUCCGCCAAGUUUGCAGUCCUACAUUGUGCAUCUCGUGAUACAAGCGAUCAAAACGACAUGCAAGAAACAACCGGAAAUCUGCGGGUUGAGGCAGCAAGAAAAAACGUACGCGCCCUUGAAGCUCAUGCAAGCCGUCACGAACGAAGUGAACGAGAUCUGCAGGCGAUAUUUAGAUAACAGCAGGUUGGCGCUGCUUCCGCCGCCUUCACCGUUGACCCCGCAAGUCGCGGUCGGUGCCAUCAGAAACCUAAGGAGAAAAAUGGAAGAUCGUCACGUGGUCAUACACGAUCUGCACACCGUUUUCAACAUUCAGGACGAUACUGUCGCGAAUUACUACGCCGUGUUCGACGGCCACGGCGGACAGGACGCAGCGGCGUACUGCGCGACGCAUUUACAUCAGUAUCUGGUCGAGAGCGUUCAUUAUCCCACGGAUCCGAAACAAGCGUUACGCGACGCUUUCCUGACCACCGAUGCGCAAUUUAUCGAGAAAUCGAAUAUCAAGAAAUUGAACGGCGGAACCACCGCGGUGUGCGCGCUGGUGAUAAAUAAAAAACUGUACAUAGCUUGGGUGGGCGAUUCCAUGGCGUCGCUGGUCUCGAGAGGCGAGGUGAUGAACCUGGUGAAUCCGCACCGACCCACGCGAGAAGACGAGACCGAACGGAUCACCAACAUGGGAGGAGCCGUCGUUCAUUGCAUGGGGGUUUUGCGAGUGAACGGAUUUCUGAGCAUAUCCAGAGCGAUAGGCGAUGUCCUGUACAAACCGUUCAUCAGCGGCGAGCCCGAGGUCCGAUGCGUGCAUCUGGACGGCACCGAAGAUUUCCUCAUAAUCGCCUGCGACGGACUGUGGGACUACGUGGACCCGAGGACCGCGGCGUUACGCGUUUACAGACAAGUGAAGCAAAAUCCGCACGAUCUCAAGUACGUGCACCAGGCUCUUCUUCAGAGUGCGAAGCGAGCGGGUUCCCAGGACAACAUCACCGUGAUCGUGGUGUUUCUGACACCGCCGAUCGAGAUCGCCUCGCGACAUAUAACGUGUCCACCACCGAAUGGUCUACUGAACAACAUGGAUCCGAACAAUCCGUCGAGCGAGUUCGAUAAGCCCUUCUUCAGGUCGCAGCAGCUGAUCAACGCCGGUCUGAAUCAACAGACGGAUUUCGACAUCGGCGUCGAUCGCGUGUCAUACGACGAGAACAUCGCCGCGAGCAAUGGGAAGCGCAGAGACAGCGAUAACGAUUACGACUUCUGCGAGGAGAUGGGUCCGGAAACCGAUGUUGAUGCUGGCGAGGUCGUGCAUACAACCCGCGACGUUCUGAAUCUCGAGUCUGCAACGACAGACGUUUCUGUGAAGACGCCGAUCGAGAUCGUUCCGAUUACAUCGGAAAAAUACGUCCUCGACAGAAAUGACAACACCGGAGUAAACGAGGAGGAAUCUUCGAAUCACGAUAACGCGAAUGUCUAUCCAGCGGACCCGAUAGACAAUCGUGAGCUUAUGGAUCAUCACGAUGACAAACCUCUCGUCCAAUCUUCUGACGCGAACAACUCGGGUGACGACGACGAGUCGCCACGUGCUGCUAGUUCUCUGCAAGCUGCUAAACCUCUUCAGCACGAACUGAUCCCUGAAGCGGAGAAUGUAGCAGACAGCGAGGAUUCCGAGGACGAAGAGUGGAAUUAUUAUCGUAUCGAUCGAGACAAGGAAGAAUCUAGGAAACAGACAGAAGAAGAGUCUCGUGAGGACGUUCAAUCGUCGAGUGUACAGGAAAGUCCCGAUUCCGCGAGAGCUAGCGUGGAAGUUCAGGAUUCAGAUCCCGACAUCGAUAAUAGAUGCAAAGUAUUGGAAGAGGAUAUCUCCUUACCUGAGCUUAUCGACCUUAAUAUAAGCGACCAAUCGAAAACAAGCGGAGAGGCUCACGAGAUAGGCGAGGAGAAAACUCAAGAUCUGGAAAAUAAGGAAGACAUGGAUUUCCAAUUGAAUCCGGAGGCGGCCGAAUUUGUACCAUUGUCACCGCCGUUGUUAGGCAACAGGAGCUUGCAGGAUUAUCCCAUCAGCGGCUCUCCUUUCAAACAGACGCCGGCGAUGGAUGACAUUCCUGUGCCAAGUGAGAGCGAAUUUGAGGAAGAGGUGUGUCGACGACCGAGAGAAAUAGACGAUAAGGAUGAACACGCGGACUCGCAACAGAAUAAUCUGCCGGGCUUGGACGAGUCUGAGGUAUCGUCAACCAAGGCCGAAGCUGAUGAUGAAUCUAUUGCGCGUAUCAUGUCGACUACUCAGUGGCAGCCGACGGAUAUUGCCCAGUGGGACGCAAAACCGCACGACUUGGAAUCCGAUUUACUGGAGGGCGAUAUUGUCAGCAAAAAUAAUCCCAUGACAAUGUCGCUUACUCCUGGCGACUUCGAAGUGGCGUUUGAGCGAGGCGUCGACCUUAAUGCCAUUCAUGAUUUGAACGAUAGCACAGAAAGCGUCGAGCCGUCGAGCACACCCCCGCGUUCACCCGAAUUGCACUCGAGCGAAGAACAGGUCUGCACACCUUUCUCGGACAACAAAGACAUUUUAUGCGCGUCAUCGACGCCAUCGACACUGCCCGACCUCAAAGAUUUGAGAAUUUUAACGUCCGACGUCGAGGACGAAGGUGAACGUCCGGCCGCCACUGCGGAACGUUUAGCUGCGGAACUUGGGGUUAGUUUCAUUUCGAAAGAAGACAAUCCCGAUCUGAAGGAACAGCUUAAUACAGAAACGAAAUCCUCCGUAGAGGAAACUAAAGCCAGAGAAGAGUCCUUUAACUCUGAUGCACACAGCUCCGAAUGUGAAUAUAAAACCGCGAUCUACGAUACAAACAAUAGUGUAGAAACUGUGAUUGAGAAUGAAAAUCUUUCUACAAACAAGAAAUCGAAAACAGACGACAGUGAACAGAUGGUAUCUAAUGAGUCUGAAAUGAAAAAUGAUCUAUCUGAAGUCGAACCAGAAAUGAAAACUGUUCUAUCUGAAGUCGAAUCAGAAAUGAAAACUGUUCUGUCUGAAGUCGAACCAGAAAUGAAAACUGUUCUAUCUGAAGUCGAACCAGAAACGAAAAAUGAUCUAUCUGAAGUCGAACCAGAAACGAAAAAUGAUUUAUCUAAAGUCGAACCAGAAAUAAAAAAUGAUUUAUCUGAUGAAGUCGACCGAGUAACAUCGACAGAACAAGUAGAUUUAUUGGUGGAUAAUACCUCUGAUAGUACUGAGAAAAGUGGAAAGCAGACGGCAUCGAAGAGUUGUAUUUUUCAUGAGAAACACUUGCCUACGACCGUAUCCGAGCAGGAGCCGAGUGCUAGAUCAGACUGCUUGAUGAUAAAAACAAUUGAGCUGGAUAAUCGCAUUGUCAACACUAUGUCUGAUGUAGAGCUUCUUUCUGAAAACAAGAAAAACUUAGAAGAAAAUGAACAAGAAGAAGACCUUGAUGUAAGAACGUUCCACAAAAACGAGACUGAAUCGAACAUCAGGAAAAACGUUGAUACAAUAUUCGGCGUGCCAAAGAAUGCGACCAUUGAUACCCAAGCACUGUUUCAAACAAAUUACAACGUUUCACAUAACGUAGAAGGGUUAUACUUAAAUAAAGAAACGGAAAUAUCAGAUGAGUCUAACUGGGCGGACUUUUAUAAUGACAAUAAAUCGCAUAUACUUAGCAAAAACUUCACUUCUUAUCCUCCUUGUUCUGAAUUUCAGACAAAUGAUUAUAUAGAUCACUCAUAUGACUUGUGUGAUAAAGACACUGAAGAUGAAGACUCGAACCAGAAGGUUGGGAAAAGCGAGGAGGUAUUGCCGGAAUCGCAGAAAGAUAUCGAAGAAAAAACAGAGACUCAAUCCGAGGAAAAAGAGAAGACGGUUGUUGAGCCACCUGCCGUGACGAGCACAUCUAAAAUUUUAGAAUGCGACUCUGUGGAAAAACAAGUUUCUCCCACAUUAGCGGAAGAAUCUUCGAGCGAGUUGCGACAAAAUGACGCUUCGGAAAAAAGCGAAGUUAUCGUCAAAGAAACUAUUGCCGAGAACCACAGUCUUUCGCCCACAGAAGAGACCGUCAAUCUUCCGUCAGAAGGUACUACGUCGCUGGAAGAAAAAGACGUUAUCAUAGAAAAGAAAGUGUGGAAGUCCGGAAGAAGAUGGGAAGGCGAUCAAAUUGCGAAAAUCGAUGUUGUUCCAAUCGUAGCUCCAACCAAGCCGAAGACAACGGACGCAAAACAUAUAACAAAAACUACAACAACGACAGCAAAAACUGCAUUAACGACGGCAACGAAAUCGCCCACUUCACCAUCCAAACCAACCGCACGAACGACCGCGACAUCGAUAACGGCACAAUCGGCCGCCACCAAGAAAUCGACCGCGAGCACCGCGGCACGUCCCAAGCAAUUGGUGGAAGGAUCAGCUAAAGCGACAGUCUCAAGUAUCAGCGGAAAAACUACCGUUACGAAAGCAACGACGACGACUAAGACGACAACGACAACAGCGACAAAAUCCCUGCGUGCAACCGUUAGCACAACGAAACCGAGAACCAGCACCACGUCCAAGUUAAACACGUCGAUCGAGAAGAAACCGACGGCGAGCGGCGAUGCGAAGUCUGUCGGUAAAACGACUGCUGUCAAAUCACCGAUUUCUGCUGUGAAAACCGCUACCAGCAGCGCGACCGCAACCAAGACCACGUCUAAAUCUUCAACAAUACCAACGACAAUCACGUCAACCAUCAGCGCCAAAUUGUCCAACACAGUGUCGAAGUCUAGACCCACUUCUGCCACUGCAAAACCAUCUCCAACGACGUCGAAACAGUCGACAGUCAGCGGUUUUGCGGCGGCUGGCGCGUCGAGGCCGAAAACCGCACCGACGACCACGUUGAAAUCGCGCGAGAGCACUGACAAAAAGACUACCGCAAAGCCACUGGUGGACAAACAGAACAAGGAAACUGUCAAUAAACAGAUAUCUCGUUCUGCAACGUCUAAGACCGGUAGUCGCGCCGCCACUACGACCGUCAGUUCUAUCGUCGCGAGCACGACCGCCGCCGCGAAGCCGCGCGUAUCGUCUGCGAAAUCGACUUUGCCGGCAAAAAAGACGUCCUUAUCACCGAAGGUCACGUCCUCGUCACCGAAAGUCUCUUCUAUCGGAAAGAAGAAUUCGUCAUUGAGCGAGGCUAAGAUAACGCAGAACGGAAUCUCUGAUGGCAAGGAAAUCGCGAGCAAGACCGGCAGCGUCGUGACGAGUGAGAAGCUCGAGGAAGACGUGCCAAAAAAAGACGCGCCCACGCCCACGAUCGACGUCCCGGCCGACAAUCAGCUGAUCAUAAAUUAAAAAAACGACCGACCGAGCGAGUUUGUCAAGAUCGCAUUAUUGUCGUUGCCGCGACAUGCCACGUUGGCCUAAAAAGCGUAGUGUUGGGGUUGUCGCGAGCAAAAAAAAAAAAAAAUAAAUAAAACGUCGAAAACAAACAAAAAAAAAAAAAA